UCCAAUUGACACCAGGGCGAGGCAGCGGUCUACAACCUCUCGAGUUCAUACCGGACAUUAAACAUUCUUUCAGUUUCAGCUUACUUGGUUUCGGCUUUUUCGUGGUGGUCUGACGCUCGACGGUCUAAAUACUGAUACAAAUUGAUCCAACUUCUUCAAAAAAAAAAAAAUUGAAAGCUCAAAAGUAUAUGUUGAUUGAAAAUGUUAAAACUCCAAAUUACAAUUUACAAUGAGUCCAGUCGUGUCGAUUGUUCUAACGAGGGAAGUAUGUUCUCGGGCUUCUUGUCGUUAUCUUUUGAAUAUUCACACUCUCACUCUUCCCUCCCGUUUCAGGCAUUCAAUGCAUACACUCCCACAGUCAAAGCCUAUUCCAAACCUGCAACCACAAGCCAACUCCAACUACAACUCCAACUCCAACUCCAAGUUGACUGCUAUUCCCAACCGUGAAAGAUUCGAUACCAGCUCAAUUGUCUUGGAUAAAAGUAUAUACCAUGGUAAUUCCAGGAUAAUUAGUCUGGGUCGUCUUGCUAAGGUCGACGAAGCAAGGAGGAUGUUCGAUGAAAUGCCUCAUCGGGACAUCGUUUCUUAUGCUUCCAUGAUUACCGUUUAUCUUAAGCACAAUGAUCUCCUGCAAGCCGAGCAGCUUUUCCGUGCAAUGCCUGAGUGGAACAUUGUGGUUGAUUCUGCAAUGGUCAAUGGGUAUGCCAAGGCUGGUCGGAUGGAUGAGGCCCAGGGAAUAUUUGAUAAUAUGCCUGAAAGGAAUGUAUUCUCCUGGACCAGUUUGAUUUCCGGGUAUCUUAGAAGCGGACGAGUCCAUGAGGCUCGCCAACUGUUUGAACGAAUGCCGGAGAAAAAUGUGGUCUCCUGGACUACGGUAGUAUUGGGAUAUGCUCGCAAUGGUUUGAUUGAUCAAGCUCGGACUGUUUUUGAUCAAAUGCCGGAGAAAAAUGUGGUUUCUUGGACGGCCAUGAUGAAGGCCUAUGUUGAGAAUUUCCAAAUUGAUGAGGCACUUAAGCUCUUCCAUCAAAUGCCUCUGCGUAACAUUUAUUCUUGGAACAUAGUGAUUCAUGGUUUUUUAGAUGAGUUUCGAGUAAAUGAGGCUAUUCAGCUAUUUAUUUCAAUGCCUCGGAGGAAUGCAGUUUCUUGGACUACUAUGGUUACAGGUCUGGCACGAACUGGGUCGACCAAACUUGCAAGGCAGUACUUUGAUCAGAUGCCUAAAAAAGACACCGCUGCAUGGAAUGCGAUGAUCACAGCCUAUGCUGACGAAGGGCUGAUGGCUAUAGCCAUUGAGCUUUUCAAUUUGAUGCCGGAGAGGAAUACAGUGACUUGGAAUGCAAUGAUUGAUGGGUAUGCUAGGAAUGGGCCUGAGGGUGAAGCCUUCAAGUACCUCAUUCUCAUGCUUCGGUGCUGCAUUAGACUGAAUGAGACUACUCUCACUAGUUUAUUGACCUCAUGUGAGAGCAUUCAAUUGUUGCAAGCUCAUAGUCUUGUUGUACGGCUUGGGUUUGAGUGUGAGACAUCGCUUAUAAAUGCUCUUGUUACGAUGUAUUCUAGAAGUGGAGAUGUUAGCUCUGCCUGGCUUGCUUUUGAAAAUCUUGAGGCAAAAGAUAUUGUGUCAUGGACUGCAAUAAUAGUAGCAUAUUCGAGUCAUGGCUAUGGUACACUUUCAUUACAGGCCUUUGCACGGAUGCUACGUUCAGGAACCAAGCCUGAUGAAAUUACUUUUGUUGGAGUCUUGUCAGCUUGUAGUCAUGCCGGUCUUGUCAAUAAAGGCCAAAGGCUUUUCAACUCAAUGAGGUGUGCGUAUGAUUUGGAACCAAAGGCAGAGCACUAUGCCUGCCUUGUUGACACCCUAGGUCGAGCGGGACUAGUUGAUGAGGCUACGCGGGUGGUUCGCAAGAUGCCUCCAAGCGAACGGGAUGUUGUUGUUCUAGGGGCAUUACUUGGUGCAUGCAAAUUGAAUGGGGAUGUUGCACUGGCAAGUAACAUUGGAGAGGAACUGAUAGAGGUUGAGCCAGCUAGCUCUGGAGGAUAUGUCCUCUUGGCUAAUGUGUAUGCGGCAUGUGAGAAGUGGGAUGAAUUUGCACGAAUAAGGAAGAAGAUGAAGGAGAGGAAAGUGAAGAAAGUACCUGGUUUUAGUCAAAUAGAAGUACAGGGGAAAAAUCAUGUAUUUUUUGUGGGGGACAGGUCUCAUCCUGAAGUCAAGGAGAUCUACAUACUGUUACAAGAGAAGCUUCUACCUUUGAUGCUAGAAAUGGGUUACAGACGUGGGAGCUCAUUAGCGUGUUUAUGAUUUGAACAGGAAUCAGAAGUAACAUUUGGCUAAGUUAUGUUUUCCGACCAUGAAGAUAUCAAAUCGAGUAUGAAAAGGAGGUAAACCGGGAAUUCAAUCAAUGAACAAUGCUUCAAGAAUUGAUGCUACCCAAAGGCACAGGCUUCACAGCAGGAUUACACCCCAAAUAACUAGAGGCACUGAAAAAAAAAGAUAUGAAACUUCAAAGUUAAUUGAUGAGCUGAAUGCAGCUUCAAAGGAGAGAGCCUACCGAAGUUCUGAUUGAGCAUCUAAGAAUUUUGAGUGUUCUCAAGAAAAUAAGCUCUUCAUUUGGAUAGACAAGAUGGAAUAAUGUUAUUGAUGAUGUGUUGGGAGGGAAAUUCAUUUGGUAUUUAGCUGCCCUCUAGAUGAUCAAAUUUUCUGAUUGAUGAUAGUUUAGGUAAGUGUGGCUGCUUACUGGAAAAGUAAGUGAGGAAAGAUGAUAGGAAGUAUCCAAGUAUCAAAGAACCAGCUGUAUAAAUUUCUUGAAAGUUUGGAGGCCCGAUAUGUCAUCAUCUGGAGAGUCUCAACAAGUUAAUGAACAUUGAAAAGGGAUUUGAAAUUGGGGAACUGAACCUGAAGAAGCACCAGAUCAGGAUGCUCCUUGGAUGCACCUGAUUAGAGAAAAGGAUAUUCAAGGAUUAGGAGGGAUUGGUUAGGUGGUGCGGUAGGAUGCUGCUGGAAAGCAUGACAAGGUGAAGUUUUGGAGAGUGGUUUAACCUGGGGCUUGUUGAUCCUGUAUGAAAUUAAACAUGAUUGAUCCUACUAUCAAUCAAUCCGCCAUACAAAGGCGGAACUCCAGCUCUCUCUACGGGUAGGAGGGGGGCAACCACCUUAUCAAGGCGUAGGUGAAGCCGACUCAAAGUGAAACGAUUUAUUCCAAGCAAGAACUUGACUAGAAUAGGUAAAGUCAGACAUUCCUUUUUUUCAAAAUUCCAGUCUUGCGGGUUGCUCGAAUUGUCAGUGAUUCAAACAAAGAGGCAGGUUCGAGUC